GUGGUUUAAGUAAUACGCGCUGCACUGGACGGUGGCAGGUUGGUCACAUGAUCAGCUGGAUUUUACUGUAGCUUUGCAGUGCCAUGUUGGUGGUUGGUGGUCUUGAAUGACUGUGUAUUAAGUCGAACAAAUGAAAGCUGACAUACCGUUAUGGAACGUUGCCUAGAAAGCAGUUUUAAUUUAUAGUUUAGAAUAUUAAAAAAAAAAAAUAAUUUCUUUGUUAGAUGAAAAAUGGACUCUCGGAAUUGUGUUUACAACUAAAUAUUUUCUGUUGUUUAUACUGAAAAAUGGACUAGAGGGUUACAGACUUUAGUUACAGAAGCUGUGUUUGAGUUUGCUUGUCAUCUAAGUUGUACUAAACUGUGACAAAAUUUAGACUUUGGAUACUAAACUAUAUUGCAAAGAUGCGAGAAUUAUACGAAUAUUCAAAAAUUGUUGAGCUGAUGGAGGAGUAUAAACCAGCGAAGUUGAAGCCCUCGGCUCAAAGAACGUCAGUACGCUACAAACCAAUUAAAGACAGAGUUGAAUUACCAAAAUCUCCUUCAGUAAAGGAGUUCACAAAAGUCGUCUCUGAUGAAGUCUACCGUCAGGCUGCGUCAAAGUCCAUCGUAGUUGAUUUGUCAUCACUAGAAAUAUACAGAAAUGACUUAACGAAGAAAGUGAAAAUGUUGGACGUAAAGUUAUCAUUUUCACAUCAGGAAGAUUUCCAGACGCAUACAGUGAGAUUAGAAAAGCAACUUGUGCGACAUGGGAACAAAUGGACUUGGGUCAAUGAGGACGGCAGUAAAACUGUCGUGUCCUUCCCAUACUUACCCGGGGAUCGAGUAAAUCUCAAUGUUGGCAUAUUUAUUCACAAAACAAAGAAACACGGAAUAUUUGGUAAAGACACAAUAACGACGCAGGCGGGAACAGCUGCUGACUGCAUAGUGCUUGCAAGAGACAAUGGGGCUGGGCUUGGACUCCAACUAGGAACCCCUGUCACACAAAAUAUCAAGUUAAACUUUGAUAUUAAUGGUAGAGGGCAUAAAUUAACAAUGAAACUUAAGCUAGACUUAAAAAAGGAAUCCAAAGGACAGCCUAUGAUGUGGCUGCGACCAAAGUCUUCAAAUAAACGUUUCCGUAGCCUCAAAUCUGCAUAUGAUCUCUUGUUAGAAUUACCUCCAAAGGACAAGGAUGAGGACGGAAGAGUGAAGAUGUUUGUUUACAAUAACCAAAGAUUAGUGAAUUACCAGAGAACGCCAGUGUUAGAGUGUCGGUCAGUACGUCCAGCCAGCAGUGAAACAGACAUUCCUACUGGCAUAGAGUUGCGCCAAGUGAACAGUGGACAGCUCUUAGCUUACUUAGUCCCAGUCGUUAAAACAGUUGAUAGAGAGAGUUAUAGAUACAGGCUGGCUGUACUGGUUGUCACUGCUGAAGGACCUCACUGUCUUUGCUCAGCCAAGUGGAAAACCUCAGACAAAUUUGACUACAAGAUCUAUAUGUUCAAGAGUGGGGAGACAUUUGGACAGAGAAUAAAAUGGUCUUCAAAAGACUUCCUAGACAUAAGCUACGCUAUAGUCAAUAGUACAGGCCAUCAAAUCAUACUGAAGACAGAGUCUGAGUCAGUCAUUGAGGACAUCUGUAUAGGGUUGUCACUAAAACAGCUUGUGCGCUGGAGUAGCGAACCAUUACCAUGGAGACAAAGUGAAAAAGUUCCAAUGAUGGACUGUCAGAAAUAUCUUAAUAACAAAUACAGCAGCCAAGGGAACAAAAUAUCAGACUUUUCCGGACGUGACAUUCAGGCCCAUAUGGAGGCCCUGCCACAGUUUCUUGAGUCUCAUGAACUCAUGAUCUUCACUGACAUUGAAGAAUUUAUCACUGAGGAUGAAAUUGACGGAAUCAAUAAGAUUGAACUUACUCGUACAGGAAGUAACAGUAGUUGUGAUAAAGACAGUAAUCCAAAACGCCGUGGAGAUUUGAACAUCGAGGAUCCCGAUGACCUCGAGGAUGAUGUUGAAACAACAACGGCAAGUUCAAGAUACAGAUUUGAAGGUGACUGGGACAAUCUGACAAGUUCAGGUUUCAUUGACGACCGAUCAGAAUACACAGGUGGCGGUUCCUGGGUUGACUCUGUAUUGUAAUGUAACUUAGAAACUAGGGGAAUUUCUUGCAAAAGUCUGGAUGAGAUCUUCAUGGAAAAAUUACAGAUUGUAAACGAUUGGCUAGUAGAAUUGUCACCCACCAAACAGCUUGUGCUAUUUUUACACUGUAUUAAAAUGCUAGAGUUCGGGUACAAGGAUUUUUGUAUCGAACAACUGCUAGAAUCUCUUACGUGUUAAAGUGGCAGAAUAUUUGUGUGAAAUGAAACAAGAUGUUAUGAAAUGACACAGAGAAUGAUUUCAGUUGCUUUACUCAAAUGCUUGAGAUUAUGUAGCACUAAUUUCCAGUAUAAAUGGCUGAUGAAAAUAUACAACAUAACCUGUGUGUCAGUGUUACUUAAAAUACAUGGCUGUUGAAAAAUUGAUAGGAAGUUGUAGAACAGAUGUUUCUGAGACAUACAAGACACAGUUGGACAUGGGACUUUUUGAGGGUUAAAAUAUUUGGUGAUGUGUUGAAAGUAAAUUCUCCUUUGAGUACGAUCUCUCUGAAAAUAUUUUUGUUGUUUUUAUGACUUUACAAAAACAAUAAAACAUUUUAUUGUAUUUAAAAACAGUGAUUAAAUUUAUGCCUUUUAGAUUGGCCAUAAAAAUGCAGAUGUGAUAAAGUUUAAUUACAUAACUGGGCAUAGUUGACCUCUGUUUCUUUGAUAAGAAACAAGAUUUCAUUUAUUGUAUGAUUUAGUUUUACUUCAGUUGGUUCUGAUAGAAUAAAAAGAGUGUGGGCAGUUUAAGUGUAAGGAAAUUCAAACAUUUAUUUAAAAAAGCACUUAAAUAAAUGGAUAAUAUGUCCUUCAUAUAUGCUGUUUAAAUGCAUAACCAUUUAAUGCAGCAUAAAAUCUUUGAACAAAUUAUUUAAAAUAGGGCCGUAAUUAAAAUACUGUAUGUUUGCGUUAACGCAGCCCUAAUUUUUUGUGUGGGUAUGUGGUAGGGAUUUUCUUUUUGCAUAUUGCCAUAUAGGGGAAAAAAAUCCAUCUGACUGGCCAGAAAAAAAAGUUGGGUCCCAGUGAUUUUCACAGGUAGGUUGUGUUACAGCAAACAAAUAUUUUUUUAAUGAUAGCCUAGUGUUGAACAAUUAAUCUAGUUUAAAAUCCUUUACCUAACGUCAUAUAAGAGUUAGCUUAAAAUAGUCCCAGUGUUAUUUAAACGUACAAAAGGUAGAUAUCUUGUAUGUCUCAUUAGCACUAGAGUAUCUUCUAGGGAAAUUGUACUGGUAUUAUAGCUGGUCAGUGUUUAGGGAAACAUAUGUUUUGUUUAGGAAUUAUGGAUAUUUGUCACUUCAGUCUAGCAAGAAAAGCCUAGGUCAAUACUUUCUGAAAUUAAGAUGCUUAAAUUGUUUAAAGCUUACAGUUUGGAUGAAAUUUUUCAGCAUGUUUAUUUCCACCAAGUUUGGCAUAGAAUGUACAUAUGACACUAGAAAAUGAUAAAAUGGUAGAAAAUAGAAUUUAGAUAUUGGUAAAAAUGCAAGAAGAACGUAAAUUUUCUGCAAUAUAUCAAAAGUGUUACAAGGGUUUAUUACCUUCUGCAUAAUAUUUUUGGUUAGUUAUAGCAAUAUCUUGCAAAAAUCUUAUGUCGAUAAGUUUGUACCACUAGUCACUUUCAGAGUACUCACUUUUUAUGGAUUUUUGAGAGAAAUUAUUUUUUUGCCUAAAAUGUGUGGAUUAGUCUCUUAAAUAGUUUGUAGUGGUGUAGUCAUAUAGUAUCCAGCUUUCCCUUCAGUUUUGUUUUCGAUGAAGGAUCCAAUGACUGAAUCCAUAACUAAUUUACAUAAACAUUUUAGUUCACACAUUACCCUAUUAUGACUGCUGAUUAAGAUCUCAGGUUAAGGUAUUGUAACCAUGACUGACAAGCUCUCAAAUACAAAAUGUAUUUGGGCAAUGUUGGAGUCACACAUGUAGAUUGGUUGGUCAUUUGAACAUUCUGUCAUGUUUUUCUGAAGACUUAUCCCCAUAACUUUUUAAAGAGAUUUCAGGUAACAGCAAAAUAACUGUUCACCAUGUCAAUACAGUGAAAUACAAGGACCACAUAGACCACAUUUUAUGUUAACUCUGUAUUUUCUAAACUGCUGGACAGAUUUUCAUAAAUUAUCACCAAAAUGAUGAGUAAAUUGUUUACCUUCUCAGUAUCAAAGCAGGGUGUGUGGGUAUUAAUCACUUUCAAAGAAAUUUCUUAUAUAAUUUUCUCUAAAAAAAAAUGUCAGUAUCGCACUGUAUUCAUUUUUGUUCAUUUUAUUCAUACAUUCAUUACAUCAUGUCACAUCCAACAUCAAAUUGUACAUAAUAAAUCCAUUUUCAAACGCCUUUAAUAUAAUGGAUAGCUGCAUAUUUUAAAGCCCCAACUUUUACUACCCUGGCAGUAAGUUUUGUAGGAGGAGCCUAUCAAAUAACAACGCUACUCUAGGCUGUCUGUUAGCUAAAAAUAGCUCACUUUAAAUGAUUCACAGGCAAAUGUAAACAAUGGUCAGUUGAAGAAGAAAUUUGAACUAGUUUGCAUGUUUUGAUGGUAAAAAACUAUUAUUAUCCAUAUUGUGCAUCCAUAUCAGUAUCAAUCCUAUGAAAAAUUGAGUCAAGACUAGCAUUCCUGAUUUUUAAUCUUGUUUAUGUAAAUUUAACAAUGAAACUCAAAAUCAAACAUUCAUUUAACUAAAAUUCUGUCAUUGCUGGCUGGUCCAUUAAUUGAGAUAAUCUAGCAAUAAAUGUAGAAAUAAUAAACUUUUAAGUCUGGGAUGCAGAACAAUACACGCAAAUUAGCAAGUGCUGCUGUGAUAAGGACUAAUAAAAAUGAUAAGCUAUUUGAAAUUAUAUUUAUCACUGUAUGUCUGUAAUUAGUAGUUCCCUAUUUCUUUAAAACAUUUUUAUGAUAUGACAUAUAAAAAUAUAACUAGAAAUGACUAUGAUAUUCUGUUUGGUUUAAAAAUUCAAAAUUACUUUCUGGAGAAGUUUUGCAAUGCACUCUAGCUAGGUGUUAAUUCCAUUGAUAGGAAACCUUCUGAUGAUCAGGUUUGUUGAUAAAAUUAACCACGUGGGAAUUGUUUACAUUCUCUGUUCCUCUAGGGUUCAUGACCUCAUUAGCUCCUCCCGGCAAAUUCAAAUUUUUGGCAGUUAGGUUUAAAUAAUUUUUUGAAACUAUACUUCAACAUUUUUUGUUUUAAAAAAUAAAAACACCAAUUGAUAAAGAAUAUUUCAAUGUGUAUUUAUGCAAUUUUUCAUAACUUUUUAUUCAGUGGUUUAUUUAAAAUUUUGAAAAAGGGCUCUCUGAUGUGAAACAUGCAUAAUUUAUAUAAAAACCUGCCCCGGCACCAUCUUGUGGCUUUUAUAUGGCAGUUGGGGGUUUAACUUCUUCUGCAAUCUAUUUAUGACUGACAUUUACUUUUAUUGUACAAGUGCAGACAUUUUAUAUGACAGUGCAGUAAAAUCAUCACUUAACCAUAUUCAGUUCACAAUUUAUUAUGUUAAGUUUAUUAUUAAUUAGAUACAAUUCAUUCAUUACUUGCGAAAUUGGUUUGUAUGAAAAUGAUAAUUAACAAGAUCUGCAGUUUACAAAUUUGCAAUGAAAUGAUGUAAUUAUAUUUUUUUAUGUGUAGCAAUUUCACUGUUGUAGGGAAGGAUGCAAUAUUUUAUUUAGUGUAAUGAGCCGCACCAUGAGAAAAGCAGCAUAGUGCAUUUGCGACCAGCAUGAAUCCAGGAUCCAUGCUGUUCACUUUUAAAGCCUAUUGCAAUUAUAGGAACUGUUGGCGAACAGCAUGGAUCCUGACCAGACUGCGCAGAUGCGCAGGCUGGUCUGGAUCCAUGCUGGUCGCAAACACACUAUGUUGGUUUUCUCAUGGCACGGCUCAGAUUUGAUUUGGUUGUAAAUUGCUUAGUUAUGAAUUAACUAAUGUUUUAUCAGUUACACACUUCAUAAGCAUUACAAAUAUAUACAAUUGUUGUUAUUUCUUACAACUAGAUAAUAUUUUAAUUUGUAUAUAUGCACAUGUAUAUUUGUAUAAUAAAAGAAUUAGAGUAUAUAAUUUUAUUUUAAUCACGUUUUAUAAAUCCACUCAAAAGAAAUUUCCUUACUAAGUAAAGUGUAAGGCAAUGUGUUCUCGAAUUGGAUCAUGUGACCCAACUUCAGCAUACAUCACUUCCUGUUAUGUCACAUGAUGUGCAGAUUCGUACACAGUGUUAUUUCAUCAACUGCUUGGUCUGUCGUUUUAAUAUAUUGUGAAAUCAGUCUUUUGUGCGGAUGGAAAUUUGUGGAUUUUAGAUGUUUAAAGAUACAAUAAAUGGGGAUUGUAUUUGUUUGCAACUACAAAAUCCAUAAAUUUUGGUCUGCAACCCUUAUUCAUUUAUGAUUUUUCAGAAGUCUCCCCAUAAGCAGUCAAUCAAUGUGCAGAUUCUCCCUGAUCAACCUGUGAGUUGUGUUAAGAUGGUAAUACUUCAUGUUAUUUAUCAGUUUGAGUUUAAAAAGCUUUCGACAACUUCUGCACAUACGUAGGUUGCUGCAUUGGCCGAGUGGUGAAUGUCACCGAGUCCGAAUCACUUGCUUCUAAGUUUUGUUAUUAAAAAAACAGACUGCAAAAUUGUAUUUGAUUAAGGUGAUGACAACUACAUGAAAGUAAAAACAACAAUUUGAGGAAAGUAUAUACUGUUACUAUAGCAACAUAAAAAUAUGACUUGUUCAUCCUCUAGUUUAUCAUAUAUGUCAGCCUUAUGCUCUCAACUUACAUUCGGUUUUGAAGUAUUGUCAAAAAAAGCUCAUUUAAAAUGCAUAAUUGCAGGAAGUUAUGUAAAAAUAGCCAUAGACAAUCUCUUUCAUUACCUGCCACUAUCUCUUUCAUACGGUAUCUAAAUACAGGCGUAACAAGAGUAUGUAAACCCUGCCUGAUCCUAUUACUGUGGUGUAUCUUUGCAAACAUCUAUACUCUAAUUUUGGAAAUAAAAAAUGUGUAUAUUUAUAAUCUGAAAGCUCAAAAUGAAUAAUAAACAAUGGAAGUUUUAUGAAUUAUAACUAAUCAUUAUACAUUUUUAGCUCACCUGUCACAUAGUGACAAGGUGAGGUUUUGUGAUCGCGCAGCGUCCGUCGUCCGUGCGUGCGUCCGUCCGUCCGUGCGUAAACUUUUGCUUGUGACCACUCUAGAGGUCACAUUUUUUGUGGGAUCAUUAUGAAAGUUGGUCAGAAUGUUCAUCUUGAUGAUAUCUAGGUCAAGUUCGAAACUGGGUCACGUGCCUUCAAAAACUAGGUCAGUAGGUCUAAAAAUAGAAAAACCUUGUGACCUCUCUAGAGGCCAUAUAUUUCACAAGAUCUGCAUGAAAAUUGGUCAGAACGUUUACCUUGAUGAUAUCUAGGUCAAGUUCGAACGAAACUGGGUCACGUGCCAUCAAAAACUAGGUCAGUAGAUCAAAUAAUAGAAAAACCUUGUGACCUCUCUAAAGGCCAUAUUUUUCAUGGGAUCUGUAUGAAAGUUGGUCUGAAUGUUCAUCUUGAUGAUAUCUAGGUCAAGUUUGAAACUGGGUCAUGUGCGGUUAAAAACUAGGUCAGUAGGUCUAAAAAUAGAAAAACCUUGUGACCUCUCUAGAGGCCAUGCGUGUGAAUGGAUCUUCAUAAAAAUUGGUUAGAAUAUUCAUCUUGAUGAUAUCUAGGUCAAGUUCGAAAGUGGGUCACUUGUCAUCAAAAAGUAGGUCAGUAGGUCAAAUAAUGAAAAAACCUUGUGACCUCUCUAGAGGUCAUAUUUUUCAUGGGAUCUGUAUGAAAGUUGGUCUGAAUGUUUAUCUUGAUGAUAUAUAGGUCAAAUUUGAAACUGGGUCAGUCGCGAUUAAAAACUAGGUCAGUAGGUCUUAAAAUAGAAAAACCUUGUGGCCUCUCUAGAGGCCAUACCCUUAAAUGGAUCUUCAUGAAAAUUGGUCAGAAUGUUCACCUUAAUGAUAUCUAGGUCAAACUUGAAACUGGGUCACAUGCCAUCAAAAACUAGGUCGGUAGGUCAAAUAAUAAAAAACCUUGUGGCCUCUCUAGAGGCCAUACUUUUCAUGGGAUCUGUAUGAAAGUUGGUCUGAAUGUUCAUCAUGAUGAUAUCUAGUUCAAGUUUGGAACUGGGUCAACUGCAGUCAAAAACUAGGUCAGUAGGUCUAAAAUUAGAAAAAUCUUUUGACCUCUCUAGAGGCCAUAUUUUUCAAUGGAUCUUCAUGAAAGUUGGUCAGAAUUUUUAUCUUGAUGAUAUCUAGGUCAAGUUCAAAACUGGGUCACAUGAGCUCAAAAACUAGGUUGCUAUGUCAAAUAAUAGAAAAAACGACGUCAUACUCAAAACUGGGUCAUGUGGGAACAGGUGAGCGAUUCAGGACCAUCAUGGUCCUCUUGUUUGAAUUUGUAUUUUGAAAUCAUGUCAUCCAGGCUUAUAUAAUUGUACUUAUUUGGCGAAGUGAGAAGAAAGCAUUUUCUAUGACAAACAAGAUCUCAUUGCUUCACAUAUGAUUUAGUGAAGCUUAAUAAGGCUCUGUAUUCAUAGGGUUUUUCUUGAAAAAAAUCUACAGGGUGUUGUUGUCACUUGAUCGUCAGUCUCGACGUAUGCGUUGGUUAAGAUUUUUGUUUAGGUCUACUUUUUGUCGAGCCCACUUGCGGAAGCAAAGACAUAAUUGUCCAAAUGGCUGUUGUGUAUGUCUGUGCAUCUGUCUGUCCAGAUUUGUUUGUCCGGACCAUAACUUUGACAUGCACGGAGCAAUCUCGUUUAUAUUUGGCAUGAAAGUUAUCCUCAGUGAGACGGAGUGUCAUGCGCAAACCGCAGGUUCCUAUCUCAAAGGUCAAGGUCACACUUGGAGGUCAAAUGUUAAAUUCAAUAAUGACUUUGUCCGGAGCAUUUCUUCUUCAUGCAUGGAGGGAUUUUAAUUUAACUUGGCACAAAUGUUCACAACCAUUUGUGAUGGAGUGUCAUGCACAAGAACCAGGACCCUAGGUCUUAGGUCAAGGUCACAGAGGUCAAAGGUCGGAUACAAGAAUGACUUUGUCCGGAGCAUUUCUUUUUCAUGCAUGGAGGGAUUUUGAUGUAACUUGGCACAAUUGUUCACCAUCAUGAGACGGAGUGUCAUGAGCAAGAACCUAGAAUUACUUCCCUUUGUUGUUACUGUAAAUAGCUUAUAUUGUAACUUUCUUAUUACUGGUUGUAGGGAAAAAUCAAGACCACUUUUCUGUAGUACAAUAUGCAUGUUACAUCCAAUUUUGAGGGGUUUUUUGACCUAUCUCUUCUGGUUAGGAUUUUUGUGUGGACUUAGAUUUUUUUUAAAGAUUUACUACCCUUUGUUGUUACUAUAAAUAACUUAUAUUGUAACUUUUUGCAAUCAUUUUUUAUUUGGCAUAAGUUUGCCUCAGUGAGACAGGAUGUCAUGUGCAACUCCUAGUCCUUUUGACAGCUGGCGGGCUCGACAUGUUGCCCAAGGGCAUCUAGGUCUAAAAAAGUAUAAGAGCUAUAGUUUUGAAACUUUGCAGACUUAUUUAUCAUCAUUUGUUGAGAGUGUUUGUCAAGAACUAUAGCCCUCUUUGCACUUUGCACUUCAGAGCAAUAGCUUUUAAACUUUGUAAACUUAUUUUUCAUCAUGAGGUCAGUAUGUAGUCAAGAGCCAUAUUCCUGAUACAUAUUUUUUUUACAGAAUUAUGGCCCUUUGUAUAAAGAAAAUAAGAAUUUUUUGGUUAUUUGUUUUGUUUAAGUCCACUUUCUUAAAUACUAUAAGAGCUAUAGCUUUAACUUUGCAGACUGGUGUAUUAUCACGAAAUGAGAAUGUUUGCCAAGAACCAUAACUCUGAUAUAUAUUUUGUAAGAAUUUGUACUGGUACAGAAUCCAGGAACACUGGUUAGGUUAACUGCUGGCCAUUACAUGACUGAAAUACUGUUGAAAAAUGGUGUUAAACAAACUAAGAAACUUUUAUUUGCAAUUAAAUUGCUUAUAAAAGGCAGGUUUUCUUGGUGAAUGACUUCAUUGUUGUUACAGUUAAAUAUUGCCGUGGUACACUACUCCUGCAUAUAGUUUACAGUCUUGGCCUGCGUGACAGAUUUUCCUCUGACGCAAUUAAUACACCUUUUAGGUAAAAUUGACAAGUUAGGUCAACAGCUUAUGUCAGUUAUAAGGAAGAAAUUACAUUGUAAUUGUAUAAGCUAUUUUUCUGUCGAUUCAUCAGUUUCAUGUAAAUCAUGUAAAUUAUUAGCUUAUUUAUCAACUUUAUUAUAUAAGCGGUGGUAAAGCCCGCCUUUUUUGUUCCUAAUUAGAUGAUAAAUGCAUGGUAAGAAUUUGUAAAUGAUCACACUUUCAAGUGCAGUGUAAUCACAGUUUCAUCCUCUUGUCAGUCGACAAUUAAUUACUAUUUGUAGGCAAUGAUUCUAACACAAGACGGAAAUAUAUGCAUCACGUCUGACAUUUUUCAUUUUUCUUAUUACAUAACGUCAGAAGCGGUACAAUUAAGGUACAUUCAUAUUCAUGUAAAAGGUCAUGUCAUUAAGUUUGAGUGUUUUGUUUUAUGAUUCAUUUAUUGAUGCUAAUUCCUUUUUGCAUCAAGUACAUGCAUCAAACUGUGCAUUAUUUGUUGAAACUGUGCUAGAGUUGAAGUAUCAUUUAGAUGUUGCAAUCUGUACAGUCUAUGCUAAAAUAAGGGGUCAUAGUCGAUGCAGAAUUUUAGAUUUGGCUGUAAGUAAAAUUAUGCAAAAUACAUAAAGAUAUAUGUAGAGGGACAAUGAACAGUCUACUUUGGAAAAGGUCAUUUCAUUUCAAGGUCAUGUCUUUUAUUUGGUUUAACUGGAAAUAUUUUACAGUUGUACCAGCCUUAACAACCAUCUGUAUUAAGCAGCCACCUGCUUGAAACCUUCUCACGUUGACUUUUUGUUCUCAUUUCAAUUUGUCUUAAGCAUCUGCCUGCCUUAAACAACCACCUGUCCCAAACUACCUGCCUUAAACAACUACCUGCCCCAAACUACCUGCCUUAAACAACUACCUGCCCCAAACUACCUGCCUUAAACAACUACCUGCCCCAAACUACCUGCCUUAAACAACUACCUGCCCCAAACUGCCUGCUUUAAACAACUACCUGCCCCAAACUACCUGCCUUAAACAACUACCUGCCCCAAACAGGCAUAUUGUAUUGAAUCAUUGGCUGGCUGAAAAUUAAAAGUUUCCCUGUAACAUCCUGUGGAUUGCAUUACAGAAGUUUUAUGCAUUGUUUUGAGUCUGAAUAAUACCUAAAGUAAAGUGCACAAUACUCUGAUAUUAUGUUUCGUUAACUUUUUUUGUUUUCCUUUAAUCAUAAUAUCCACUGUAUUUGUCAUGGUAUUUUUAUGCCCCCGAAGGGAGGCAUAUAGUUUUUGAACCGUCUGUCCGUCUGUCAGUCUGUCGGUCUGUCAGUCUGUCCGCAAUUUUCGUGUCCGGUCCAUAUCUUUGUCAUCGAUGGAUGGAUUUUCAAAUAACUUGGCAUGAAUGUGUACCACAGUAAGACGACGUGUCGCGCGCAAGACCCAGGUCCGUAGCUCAAAGGUCAAGGUCACACUUAGACAUUAAAGGAUAGUGCAUUGAUGGGCGUGUCCGGUCCAUAUCUUUGUCAACCAUGGAUGGAUUUUCAAAUAACUUGGCAUGAAUGUGUACCACAGUAAGACGAUGUGUCGCGCGCAAGACCCAGGUCUGUAGCUCAAAGGUCAAGGUCACACUUAGACGUUAAAGGUCAUUUUUCAUGAUAGUGCAUUGAUGGGCGUGUCCGGUCCAUAUCUUUGUCAUUCAUGCAUGGAUUUUAAAAUAACUACGCAUGAAUGUGUGGCACAGUAAGACGACGUGUCGCGCGCAAGACCCAGCUCCGUAGGUCAAAGGUCCUAAACUCUAACAUCGGCCAUAACUACUCAUUCAAAGUGCCAUCGGGGGCAUAUGUCAUCCUAUGGAGACAGCUCUUGUUUACACUGCUGCAAAUAAGCAUAAUAUUUUGCUGUAACUAGAUACUGGACAUGUUAAAUCAGAUUUUAAUAUGAAAGCUAGGCUGGGCUAUUGUCAUUUAGGUGAAAACUGAUUUUUAAAUAUUUUAUAUCUGCAUACAAUAGAGUUCUUUCACAAAUCAGCUGAUGCCAGCUGGUCUUGUUUUUAGCUAUUCAUUAUACGCCCGAAGGGAUGUAUUAUGUUAUGACGCCGGUGUCUAUCUGUUCGUUAGGAAUUCCAUAGCUGCUCUGUAACUCUUGAAACCCUUGAAGGACUUCUAAGAAACUUAACACAAAUGUUCACCACAUCGAGAUGACAUGCAGAGCACAUGUUUUGGAUAGCUCGCUUCAAGGUCAAGGUCAGACUUAGGGGUCAAAGGUCAUAUGAUUUUGUUUUGUGUCCGCUCUGUAACUCUUGAACUGCUUAAAGGAUUUUAAAGAAACUUGGCACAAAUGUUCACCACAUCGAGACAACAUGCAGGGCACAUGUUUCGGAUGUCUUGCUUCAAGGUCAACAUCACACUUAGAGUCAAAGGUCAUACCUUCGGGCAUAUAUUGUUCUGCAUUGCGGUUCUCUUGUUAAUAAAUGUAAUUACAACGGUUCAUUUGGGCAGACUGCUUUUAAACAAGAUGUUUGAAAAUUCUUCUAUAAAAUAAUCUAUAUUCCAAACUCAACUCACAGCCACAUAGCCUGUUACUUGGUAAAUACAAUGUACUUAAUUGAAUUCAUUGCAUUGUUAUUUUAAUUAAUUUUCAUAAUUUUAUAACUUUUACACUAUAAUUUUAUCGCUGCAUUUUACUAUUACUUCAGCAGUAUUUCUAAGUUUGUUUAUAUGACUAAGGACAUUUUGUUUUGCUCAUACCACCUGUAAUUAAUGAAUGUUAUAUGAAUAUGCAUAAUGUAUCACUGACUUGACUUUGGUAAACCUUUUUGUGUAACAAAAGGUUUAGUUUUGUAAAGAAAAUAUAUACACAGCAGUUAAUAUUGUCAAAGUCAGCGGCAGAACUUCUUUUCAUAUUUGAAUAUGUACAUUCUGGUGUCAUUUUAUUUCACUGGUAAUGCACUAUGCACAAUUAAUGUGCAAAUAGCACAAACAUAAACCUCUGCAGCGGAUGUAUUUCCUUGUCAACAAAGUUAAUUUAGCAUAGCUGUUAAAUUAUUCAUAUUACAAAUGUACUUCUUUUAUGAUUUUAAUGUGUUGCCUCGACCACACCUUAUACAUAGGUUAUUAUGAUGUUAGAUUGGGAAUCUAGACACCCUAAGUAUUGACAGAGUGAUUGAUGAUUGAUGGAGAGUUUUCUUGAAUUUAAUUGUAUUGUACUCUUCAGCAAGAAAUCAGCACUAUUUUUAGUGAACCUGCGUCUGAAUUGAUUAAUGUUUAAAGUUUAAAAUUUAGACUUAGAAUUGGACGAACCAAAAUUUUGCUGUGUUGUCUUUUGAAGAUUAUAAGAAUUCUACAUGCCUGCCAGUGUAAGACAGGGUUUUCUGUCUCCAAGUGACAGUGUAGAAUGAAAAAAUGAGAGUAAGGUUUUUAUUACUGUUGUCCCAAAAGUUUGAAAACAAGCUGUCAUUCACAAGCAGACAUGUAAGAUAAUUUUUCUUGCUUAUCACAGUCAAAAUAGAAUGCGAUGCUAAAUAGUGUGUGUGUGUGUUCGGGUUUAGCGUCUUUAGAUCUGGAUAUUUCCUAGCAUAAUGUUUCCAGGUAUGACAUCAUAACAAUGCUAGUUGUGACACUUAAGUUGCACACUAUUUUAAGACCAUGGUUUUUCCUAGGGAAAGGCAGAAAUAUCAGUCCCUGGCAUAUGAUAAGACAAAUGUAUACUUUCCUGCUAGUAAGGUUGGAAAGCUUAAAUAAUACAAAUCCAAUGUCCCAGGUUACAUAAUCAUAAUCCAAAGUUAAGUGCCAACUUGUGCAGCGAGCAAGAUCAAUGAUAGGAGAAAGCCAUUCAUUCCUCAUCAAUAUCAGUAGAAAGCACUUUAAAAGCAGACAGAAUACCGAUGAGUAGUGAGUUGCAAAAUUAGUUAGAAUAUACAUGUACAGUACUGUUAUAAAUCAUAAGAGGAAAUAUUUAAAAAUGCAAAUUCUGAUUAAGUACUCCAUCUUUAUAUAUCAGUUUUACCUGUGAAAUAUACCAGUAGAUUUCUUUUUCAAAUUGUCAAAAUGCAUAUCAAAAUUUAAAAUGCAUUGUCACUGUAUUAGUGCUUGUAGAUUGGACGGAAGUUUAAGGAUUUAGAGAAAAAAGGAUUUUUUUUAGAUAUUCCGUAACUACUACAUAAACUACUGGUCAACAGUACACACUUACUCAGACCAGCAAGCCUUUCAGUAAAUGCUGAGAUCAGAAAUAUUGAUUUUUUAUUAUAAUAUAGACAAACUACCAGUAUGUCUGUGAAAUUAAAAGAUAUACAACAGUUAUCAUUUUCAUAGGUUAUAUGGAACUAUUUUCAGUCAAUAAUAAGAUAUUGCCAUCUGCAGAAUUCAGUAUCAUGCAAUAGUGUAAUAGAGCCUGGAGUAAAUAUUUUUGACUAUCAACCUUACAAGUUAUUCAGUAAGUAUACUACUGGAGACAUCAUUAGGAACUACCAGUCUCUGCAAAAUUUUGCAAACACUGAUAAAUAAGUGUUGUUAUUUUUCUGUUACUUCAUAUGAAAAUAUUGUUACUGCUUUACCAUUGUUAUAUAUGUUGGUACAUUUCAACAUCUCAUCAAAGAUUUGUAUAUAAAAUAUCAAACUCAUCAGAAUGUGUUAUAUCAGUGUAUAUAGUGUACAGAGAAUCCAGAGAAUCGCAAAAAUCGUUAUAAACAGGGAUGCAUUAUUAUAGAAUAGUUUUGUUUAAAAUAUAAAAACAAUGUUUUUGCAUUUAUUUUUCUCUCAAUUUGUUAUGAAACUUUAUUUACAUUAUAAUAAUGAAUAUAUACACAAAAGUGUUGCCUGAAGGUGAAAGAAAACGGAAGAAUGGUUGUCACAACUUGUGUCAUUAAUCCAUGUAUAUUGCAACAACUUAUUCAACGUGUUUUAUGUAGAAUUUCUGUAAGGUUUUUUAUGCACAGUUGUCAAGUUAAAAGACAUAGCAGUAUAUAUGAGAAGUCUUUGUCUUUACAUAGGUACCGGGUCAUGUUUACAUAAUGUAUUUUGCAUGCAAAUAUGCACAUUAACCUUUACACUGCUACAUUUCUUAAAUGGAGUGGUCCAUCAUUCAAUUUAGGCAGUACCACUAAUUAUUCAAAGGGAUUUUCAUGGACUGCACUGGCCGCAAAUACAGAAUCACUUGCCGCCAGCAGGCUUAAGGUUAAAUAAGUUGUUUCUUAAAUUUAGUUCCACUGUUUUCGCCAAGACUCGCACUGCAUGAUGAAUUGAGAGCUCAACAUAAACUGUUGUAAGCUAUGAGCUGUAACAGUUCUUAAUAUUCUACAAAAUGGUUGGCAAAAGUGUGGUUAUGUGUGAAUAACUGUAUUUUGUAUGAUACGGUUGCAGGGGGUUGGGGUAGGAGUAUGAAUGUUUUUAAAACAAAUUGUUGAACACUUCAUUGUUGAUAUCUGAUUCACCAUCUAUCUAUGUUGAUACAUAUAAAGUACAUUAUAUUUAUCUUACCAGUAAUAGUGUUUAUUUAUGUUUAUUUCAUAUUGAAACACAAUACACAAUAGUUACUGUAAUUCUCACAAACACAUCAGUCUAUAGAACAUGACAUGUUGCGUGUGAAAUGUUAACGUAUGCUGUGUGAAUGCAUGAUAGAGAAUAUGUACCAUUAUUUGUUAAUUUAUUGUACAUUGUAUUACUUGUUUUACUGCUGUAUCAGAAAUGGUCUACUCUUUUGUAUAUUAUGUCAUAAUGACACUCUUGCUAUAAAAAUCUUAGAUUCUUUUA